AUGCCGCUCUGGUGGCAGGGGCAAUGGGGCACGCUGGGCUACAGGCCGCACCACCAGCUCGAGGCCUUCCGGAGCGGCGUGCCGGAUAUGCGCAUGAUGAACGACGCCGUGGUGACAAGCAGCCGGGGCCGGGACUGGGGCCUGGCGACUAGUGGCUCGGCGGCUACGACGCCAUCGCUGACAUCCGCGGCUGAAUGCUCCCGCGACGUCGCCAUGGCCUACCCGGGCGCCCGGUUCGUGCUCAUCGAGCGGAACCCCGACACCUGA